GACAUUAUUUAUUUCCUUGGUACUUUCCCAGUGACGUCCUUCAUACCACAAUCAGGAAUUCAAAAGAAUUUCUCCAUCCUUUAUGGAAUAUUAUACUAAAUAUUUAAAUAAAUACUACCUUAAAUAUUAAUACCUUCUAGACAAGAAUUCAAAAGCUGGCUAGCCAAGAAUUUCAGCAGACCAGAGCACCCCAAACUGUCAAUAUAGCAGUUCCAUUUUCUAUUCCCUAGGAACAUUACAGCCUUUUACACUCUCUAGCAUAAAUUUAAAAAAAAAAAAAACUUAAAAAUACCAAAUCUACCACGUACAAACACAGAAAUAUAAAUCACUUUUCCAUCCUGGAAUUGUAGGAAAGCAGUUAAUGAGCAUGAGAGACAGAAUGGAGCCGGGAUGGUGGUUAGGAACGCUGUGGGGCACUGGGCACCACGCUAAGAGACAGAAUGACUCCGCACAAUGCCAGGCUGGAACGUUUUCCGGGGAGGACCGUUUGGAACGGAAGAGCCCAAAUCGGGAAAAAGAGAGAUAAACAAAGAGAGGCCCAAGGCUGUAUCCAAGGCAUCAACCCGGGAACCGAGCCGCUACCGCCUGCUGAACGGGCUGACACUCAGCCCAACGACACACACGUUCGGGGCUCAUCCCCGCUAUGUCGCCGUGGCAUCACCCCACGGCCUCCCUCCCGGCGGAAGACGCGCGCCUGGCGCACGUCCCCAGCUAGCGGCUGCCUCCAUCUUGUCCCGGGUCUCCUCCACGCCAGCGGCGCGCUGUUAUUUUUAACCUUCUAAACCUGGGGAGAGAGGGGGAGAGGGGAGGGGCGCGGGUACGCCGGGAGGCAGCCGCGAGGGACCGAGGCCGGGGAAGCGGGCGGCCGCCAAGGUCACCGAAGCCGGGACAAAGGACGCGUAGGAGACGGGACCUACGAGAACAGGGCUAGGCGACUUCCGGCAGCGCGGGCACGUCCACCCCCGGACUCCCGCCCUCUCCGAGGACAAAGCGGAGCGCGACGCGCGGCCCCGCCCUCGGCGCGCGCCCGGAUGCCCGGCACGGGAACGCGCACAACGGUUGGAAAUGGCGGUUAAGGCGGAGGAGGGGCUCGGGGAAGCGAACUUUCUAGGCGCUCCCUGGCUCGGGUCACCCCGCCGGCGAGACAGGAGCCGGUGGCGCUUCUCCAGGCUGCCUCCUCUCUCGUUCCAUUCUUGAUGGCCGCUUUCGGGACUGGAAAAUUGUGUCGUGGGCCAUGGAACAAAGGAGGGGGCCUGCGGGCACAGCCACAGGAACGCUCCCUAAGAUGGCCGCCGCCGCGCGGGAGGGUGGGCAGGGCCCUCAGCUUCCAUCGCGGGCCGGAAGUGACGACUGGCACCCAUGGCUGCCGCGCGAGAGCCCCAGGAGCCGGAGAGAAAGGUAGGAUUAGGAGAUCAUGUGAUGUUGGAGUAGGAGGAUUUAUCCUGGUGACUUUAGGAUGCUGGUUCCAUUGUAGGUAUAAUUUUGCUAAGCAGAGAAUCCAGGAGAGAAUCGCCAGAGAAGGAAUUAAAAAUAAGAUUUUAUAUGAAAGCACCCAUCUUGAUCCUGAAAGAAAACUCAAGAGCAGUAGCAACAGCUGAGCAACCCUGAGCAUAAAGAACCCAAAGUGAACUACUUACUCCUCUGGAACACCACAAAUGUAUAUACUGUGUACAAUAAAAAAAACUCAUUGUGUGUGAAUUGUA